AGAGUAAAUACAGAACCAAGUUUAUGUGGACACUUGACAAAAAAACCUCCGAUAAAGGUUUACGUCAACAUUUUUUAAUUGCUCCAAAGUAUUUGAAGGCCAGAGCAACGCCAUCAAUUAAGACCGUAAAACUGUUGUUCCUUGUUAAAAGUAAAACUUGUGAUCAAUAGUGCGUAAACACUUUCGUAAGUAAACGCAAACUUGUGAAAGGUUAAGAUAGUUUUCAUCCGCGGACAUGCACUUUGCACAAGAACGAUCCCGUUUAUUAAAGACGGCCAACACGUUUUCACGUUUUGCACAUUGAGUGUAAAAGUAAUAAACAAUUGUAGAAUGCUUCCUACAAAGAAUGUUCAAUCCUGUUUAACGUGGCGACCGAGUAUCGGCUCCAUCCUUACCUAAACGUGGCAGCAAAACAAUUUUGCUCCGCGUAAUUAAGCGGUUAACUUUUUGAGAAAAUAAAAUUCUAGUUUGACCAUCGUUUAGCAUUCACAAUAUUGGUACUUAACACACUGAAAGCUUAAAUGGUGACAGACUGAAAACUGACAAAAUGUACAUUUUUUUCCCACGUACGUCACUAUGUAUUCAGCGAUGCUGAUUUUCAUCGUGGAGUUGAAAGUCACGCUGUAGCAUCGAAUGAUACAGGCUGUGCAAACACAUUAGUUCAAAAGUCACUUUGCAUGUCAGUCAUCCCAUAAAUAAACGAUAGAGAAGGCUAACGGUGUUUGGUAAAAAUGCAAAUAUCAAUUGGUUGGUCUUAUUUUAGAAAAUUUGCGUCAAAGUGUACAUUGUUUCAAGAACUACAUUGUUUCAAGAACGUCGACAUUUUGUCCAGCGAUGCACACUGGUUAACAAACAUCACCUCGCAGUUUUGUUCGAGAACCUUGUUUCCUUUGUCACAACCAAUGUUUCAUAUCAAACUGUUCUGAGAGCCACUCCCACAAGUGUCUGCUAUCAUGACUGCAAAUGAGAUUUGUCAGUGUGCACCCACAGAAAAUUAAGAAUCAAAUUUAUGCCCUUCACUAAAUAACAGGAAGUGGGAGUUAAGUCAAUCAAUACUCGUUCAAAUCAAGCUAAGGCAUUUGCCUUGUCUUCUUUUAAGAAUAGGAUUGCAGUGAAUUUAUUUUCAGACUUAUUUUUUUUCUUGUCAAGUGAAAAUCCUUGUCCCGGACAAAACUACAGGAUAAAAAAAAAAAUCUGAAAUAAAAUUUCAAACCCAAACUUACUUUUCAAGGGGUUGGUACCCAUGAAUGUUGAGUAACGAGUACAAGAUCAAGUCCCUGUGACUGGCUAGUGACCAGGCCGUGGUGUACCUCGUCUUUUCCUCAAAGUCAGCUGGUAUGGGCCCCAGCUCACAGCAAUCCAUGGAUAUGGAUGUAUAAAUGUGUUUGUUUGAAUCGAAUAAUCACAAAUUCCGAGCAACAGAUGCUGCUAAACCCUACUGUCGAACAAAAUGCAUACACAAAGGAUCAAUAUCAGGCUUUGAGAAAAGUCUCAAAGCACAUUUGAACCUUACUGACAUCAGAAUGGAGCUAUCGAGGCGACGAACUCUCCAGAAGCAUCUCGAGCCUGCAAGACCCCUGCGCCGCCUCCUCCCUGUUGGCAGUGGUGCCUCAACUGAACCCACAGUAAAUGCUGCUUCGUGUGCACAGACAUUAAUUGACAUUGUGGAUGAAAAGACAAAUAUUACAGUCGAGCAGUUCUUCAAGAUCGUCAAUCCCCAAGACCAGAAAAAAAAGCGAUUGUCUUACUCUCAUGAUUUUUUAAUUGGUCUUGCAAGUUGUUCUGCAGCCAAGAAGAGGCCAGAGUUUUUACCAGACCACCCCAUAGUCUUACCCAAAGCAAGAGAUCCAAGUUUUCUGACGGUAAAUAAAAGCAGUUGGAGUAAUGGAAAAAAGGAAGAGGAAGUGGUCAAGGUGUGCUGGGGCCCAUCCCGGCCUACCUCCGGCAAAAGGCUGACAACACCCGAGACUGAUCGCCAGUCACGGCGUAUAAUGGAGGCAGACAGCCAUAUCCACCAUCACUGAGUGGUAACUGAACCCACGCAGUCAAUUGAAUGUACCACUUCACCAUCAGUGAUGCACCUGAGUUGUAAUUUCUCUUUACUUGCCCUAUUAUUUAUAUUUUCUUUCCAAGAAAGAUUGUUCUAUUGCAUCCAGUUGUAUUGUUAUAUAUUUGUAUUGUGAUUGAUGUUUGCCAAUCUGUAUUCUGUUACAGUGUUCAAUAAAACAUUGGUGAGAAAUACCCACAUGUCA